AUAGGUUGAACGACGUGUGUGUGUGCGCGCGCGUGUGUGUGUGUUUGUGCUAAAUUUGGAAUCCGCGCAAAUCGGCGUUGAUUCGUUUGAAUCUGAGGAACCGCCCCUCUGGCCGCACUCACUUUCGCAUUUAAUGAGCGAAACCAGUUCAAUAUCUCAAUAUCUUAAUCCAAAAAAAGCACACAUAUUUUUGCUGAGGUAAUGGAUUCUUCUGGCUGCCGAAUGCGUGCAACAUAAACAUCAAAAAUCGUUCGAAAAAUCGCGCCGCGUGAUUACAUAAAGAGCCAAAGUCAGUGAGCCGCGCGAAAACCGAAAUCAUCUGUCCACCGAUCUUCGAAACAAAAAAAAAACAACCUGCAAAGCGCAAUCCGAUUCAGUGAGCAACUUCAAAGCAGACGAGGAGGGGACAAACCCGAGUUUUGGAGAAAGUUUGUUGUGUGAUAAUUAGCCAAGAAAGAGGGAGCAGAGGCAGAAGCCGAAACCAAAAAAAAAAAAAUACCUGGCGGUUACAUCAGAAAAAGCCACGAAAGCCACCGCCGGGUUGAACCUUCAAAAAGCGCACGAGAAGAAACCAAAAUCAACCCGAAAAGACUGACGUCACACGAUGACGAUGGGCAACAUGCGGCCGCUGAAGAUCACAACCGUCGGGGACGGAAUGGUGGGCAAGACGUGCCUGCUAAUCACCUACGUCCGCAACGAGUUCCCCAGCGAGUACGUCCCGACGGUGUUUGACAACCACGCCUGCAACAUCACCGUGGACGAGAAGGAGUACGCCCUCACGCUGUGGGACACGGCCGGCCAGGAGGACUACGAGCGACUGCGGCCCCUCAGCUACCCAAAUACCGAUUGUUUUCUCAUAUGCUACUCAAUAUCGAGCAAGACAUCUUUCGAUAACGUUAUUUCAAAAUGGUACCCAGAGAUAAGGCACUUUGCCCCUAACGUGCCCGUUGUACUCGUAGGCACCAAAAGUGAUCUCCGAGUGCACGGCUCCGAGAAGUUUGUCACGACGGUCGAGGGCAAAAAGCUCAAGCACAAAAUCAAAGCUUACUCACUGGUGGAGUGUUCCGCGAAGAAGAAACUCAACCUGGGUGACGUGUUCGACGAAGCCGUCCGGGCCGUGGAGAAAAAACCCCACCACAAGCCACGUGUCUGCACGAUACUCUAGUUCCGGUGGCGAGGGCGUGGUUGGGACCGCCGACCUGUACGGAAGCUUUAUAGACUGUAGAUUUUCUAACGCACUUACAACAACACUACGCACUGGCAGUAGUUGGCGCCAAGGCCAGUGAUGAUAAAAGAAAGAAAAAACAAAACAAAACAAUUAUGGUAGAUGUUCUACUUAACAGCAAACUCCUAUUUAUCUGUACACGUGCGAUCACCGCAAACGACCGUUUCUCCUCGUUGCCUUAUUCGGAAAUAUCAUUCUACCCCUUCACCACAGGAAAGAAAGUAUUCUAGAAAGAUUUCUUACCGAGCUAGUAUUGUGUAUAUUGAUUGAAAUUAUUAUAUUUGAUAAAAAAAAAGGAAGGAAGCUCUAAAUUAGCCAUUGGAAGAGUUCAGAUUUGUACGAUAUCAACCGAAAUUAUUGCAUUCAUUUUUGUUUUCAACAUCAUCCCAAAAUGGAAUAUGUCAUAUUCGUUCACUAGUCAUAUUGAUUUUUUUUCAAAAUACAGAAAAUGUAAUAUAAUAGAAAUAUAUGUAUGUUAAAAAUAACUCACGAAA